AUGUCUCCUGUAGCUAAUUUUUCAGCUUCUUCCUCUUCUUCUUCAUCCUCAAGAUGGUGCCCAACCCCAGAGCAAUUGAUGAUCCUUGAAGAGAUGUAUAGGGCAGGAGUCAGAACUCCCAAUGCUUCCCAAAUUCAACACAUCACUACCCAGCUCUCUUUCUAUGGAAGGAUAGAGGGCAAGAAUGUGUUCUACUGGUUUCAAAACCACAAGGCAAGGGACAGACAAAAGCUUAGAAGGAAGCUUUGCAAGCAACUUCACCUUCAACAGCAACAACUCUAUCAUAAUUAUUACAAUAGUCAACAUCAUCAUCAACAGAAUCUAAUGCUCAACCAACAGAGCUUUCUAAGCUACCUUGAUCAGUCCACCCCUGCUUCUUCUAUUCUUCAUCAGCCACUUUGUUGCCAACAUCAGAACUUAUUACCCGGAUUUCUCCCACAGGUGGGAGUUGAGGAUGCAUUGAUGAACUACACGCGCAAGGUCCAUGAAAUCCCAUCAGCAGCAGCAUCGGAGAGAUCGGAGAUGGAGAAGUCGGUGAUGAAUAUGUAUGGCCAUGAUUGGAUGAUGACGACGACAACGACGAUGGAUGUAGGGCCACCCUCGUCACCUGCAUGUUGUAUCAGAUCAGCUACUGCUGCUCCUAGACCCCUCAAGACCCUCCAGCUCUUCCCCGUCGAGUCCCCAAAUUAUCUCAGAGCUGAAGAUCCUGAAGAAGUAGAAACUAUAUUUAAGUAA